AUGUUGUCCACUAGAUAUAAGGAGUCCUCUAAAUCCAUUGGUCAAUUUUCUUAUAUUGCCCCAAAGCUGUAUCAGUUAGAAGAUCAGUUUCAUCAUCCAGCUUCAAAAUGUGAUGUUUGGCGAUCUCUUUGCCCUCAAGAGUUACCUAAUGCAGCUGUUUAUCCUACAAUACCUGUUUAUAGUUUGUCUAAUAAAGUCUUUGCUUCCUCUACAGGCCCCAAUAAGGGCUUGUUAGCGGUGAAAAAGUGGCAUGGGUCAAAGGACAGCCACAAUGUCUACCAUUCCAACUACUGGAAGACAAUAGAGAAUCGAAAAGCACAUGGAAUAUCUGUUUCUCUAUACGAGAAAAAUAUAUUUACUGGAAAACCAAAUGGUGGUCCCAUUGCUGAUGCAUUCGUUGUACGAGCUCGACAUGAUUCUGCCUAUUUAGCUGUGGCAGAUGGUGUAAAUUGGGGCAACGAAUCAAUGAAAGCUGCUAGAUCGGCAAUUUCAGCUAUUUACACUUAUUUAGAAUCGCAUUUAUUUGGUUGUAUGAAAGAGAAACACAACGUAAAAGACACAAGAGAUGCGGCCCAAUUAUUAUUUGAGGCUUUUUCUUUUGCCCAAGAGGAAAUUGUUUCCGUUACCACUGGUCUUACCACUCUUUGCGUUGCACUAAUUUUACCGGUACUAACUACUACAACAUAUGAAUCACAUGGAUUAACAAAUGAACAAACUUCAGCAUAUGGCAAAGCUCAAUUUUCUGUUAUAAUAGCAAGCGUUGGUGAUUGUCAAGCAUUUCUUUUAAGUAAAUUCCAUGGUAUACGUGAAAUAACCGGUUGGGUAAGAACCUCUGUCUUGUCAUCUGAUAAUUUAUCAACACAAUCAAAUGAGCAAAAUAAAUUGGAGAAAAUACUUGGACCACCUGUACGGGAUUUUCGAGAUACUGGUGGUGCAUUGGGUGCUGUGUAUAAAAAUGGCAAUCCAGAAUUAAACAAUCUUAUAUGUGCUGUAACACUUUGUGAUCCAGGUGAUAUAGUUCUGCUUGGAUCAGAUGGACUAAUCGAUAAUUUCGAUCCAGUUAUUACACAACUAGCUGUUCCUGAAUCACCGCAUUUAGAUUUUGUUGAUGAAGAUGAUGAACACGAAGGACAAGAAGGUGGUGAGGAGGAAAGCUCAUCCAUUGAUGAUAUAGGUAUUCAUGAAGUAAACAAUAACAACAAAAAUUCUGUCAAAAGUACUUCAUCUUUAUCUUCAGAUUCUUUAAGGUGUAAUUUUAAUAAAUCGCCAACUUCACCAUUAUUAAAUAUUUGGCCACAACCCCCACCCCCACCAAAUGAUCCAACAAAAUUAACUUAUACACCCGUUACAAAUAUAAAUACUACUAACAGUAAUAAUAAUAACAAUAAUACUAAUGAUAACAAUGAAACUGAGACAAUUUAUGCACAUCAAAUUAACUUCACCAAUCAACUUGAAUUAAACUGGUAUGAACGUAGAAAAUAUGCAGCGAAAGAAUUAGAACGUGUGUGGCAUGAAUUAGAUAUUAGUGCAGAGAAUGCUAGUAGUAAAAAAGGCACUUUUAGUUCCAAAGACUUAUGCGAAGCACUAAUUAAUCAUGCAUACAGAAUUACAACAAAACGACGUGAAUGGUUAGAGAAUCCGGAUUAUGCACAUUUAAGACAAAAUCAAAAUGUAGUACAAAACAAUAAUAAUAAUAAUAAUAAUAAUAAUAAUAAUAAUAAACACUUUGAUAAUACUUAUUCAACUGAUUCACAAAGAAAAUGGUUUAAUGAUAUGCUUAGACGUAUGCCUGGUAAAUUAGAUCAUGCAACUGUAGUUGCCUAUGAAGUUGGAGUUUAUCGUGGUAAUGAAAAUGAAGUAUAUGAAGAGACAGCUCAUCGGUUUCUAGCCGCAAAUAAUUCGAACUCUCCAACUAAUCACUCAAUUAUAACACAUUCAGAGCCAUAAUAAUAAUAAUAAAGUAACUUAAGAAAAAGUACACUAUACUUGUAUAUGCAAUAAGUGAUCUUAGAUAUGAUGUAUUCCCAUUUCCAUUUAUUUAUUAUUUGUUUUUUUAUAUUUUUAAAGAUGGUUCUUACUUUCUUUUUUGUAUAGAUAUAUAUAUUUUUUCGGUGUUGUUGUUUAUCUUCUCAUCAUAAAAAUAGGUUACCGUGUUGAAAGGUUGUUAUUAUUUUGUACCAAAUUAUAAGUAUUUAUAUCAUUAGUAGCUUUUAUUUAUAAACAUGAAUAAGAUCAUACUACAUAAUAUAGACACAAAUACAUGUAUACCAUACCUUCAUUCAAUGUCUCAAUCCCAACAUAAAUCAAUGUUAUUUUUUCUGUAACUACGCUUAUAUAACCAGUCUACAUUUUUCUCUUCACAAAAAGAAUGAAUAUUUAUUUAAAUAAGGAUCUUAUGUUAUUUAUUUUUGUUAUGUACAGUACAUUGUAAGCUUUUAUGCUAAAUAUUUAAAAAAAAAGAAUGAAUGAAUGAACAAAUUAUUUAUGUAUUCUAGAUUCAUGUCUUCAAAUCUGGGCUUAUUUCUCAUAAUAUUCAUUGACCACCACUAUAUCUGUGCUGGUUUAGUACAUUGUGUUCAUAAAUUGGUUCUUUGAUUUUAAAAUAAAGAUAACAAACAAUGGAAUAGAAGUCUAGUUAGA